AUGAGAGCAGCCCUGGUUGCGUGCUUCGCGCUGGCCGCUUCCGCGCUGUCACCCAGCGGCGGCGGGGUGAACCUCGAGGGCGGCCUCUUUGACGAGGAGGGUGAGCUCCGGGAGGCCGGAGGCGGCCUGAUCGAGGGCGAGGGCCUCAUCGAAAGCCAGGAUGCGCGUCGGGAGACCGGGGGCGACCUGAUCGAGGCCGACUACACGGCCAGUUCCUUCGACAGGUUCGUCGACGAGAACUACGGGGACGGGGGCGAGCUGGCCGACGGCGUCAACCUGGGGGACCUGCUGGAGGAGGUCGAGCAGUACAAGCCGAAGAGGCGCAAAAACGGCACUCGGGUGCGCCAGCCCUGGGAGACGGACAACAGGACCGCCGCUCUGGACGUGAUCAUCCCGUUGCUGCAGGAGGACUUUAAGCGGAAGACCAACGAGCUGAAGGGGGUGCUCCGAAAUUUCAAAGCGCACCAGAAGGAGCUCGACUUUGCGAAGCAGGAAGCCACCCUGGCCAUGAAGGAUCUGCGCAAGGAGGCGGAGAGGCGACGACAGGCCAUACUGGAGAAGAAGAAGCUGAAGCAGAAGGCGAUCGAGGAGAGAGCGAAUGCCAGGCGCCUCACUAAGGAGGCAAUGAUCAAGAAAGCGCAGACUCUGGUGUCCGCGCACGGCCAGAGCGGAGAGUUUGCGCAGCUGAUGGGCGACUUCACCCUCGGCCUGAUGAUGGACGUGCUCAUGGCCCUCCCCCAGGCCGUGCAGAACCCGCUCUUCAGCAAGCGCGUCAGCAAGGCAAAGAUCGACAUCGCGACCACCGUCCAGGACUUCCUGAACAUCACCCGCCGCAAGACCACGAAGUUCGUGACGGCAUCUGCCAAGGCAUCCGACGUAGAGUUGUCGUUCCUGAUGACGCGGUAUUUCCAUGAGGCGUCUUUCCGCGUCAGGGCGAUGGCUGCCGAUGCGGAGAAGGUUGCCAGGGACAUCAACGUCGUCAUGCCAAAGGAGUUGCGCACGGCCUUCUUCCCCAUCAUCAAGCAGAUGCGCUCUCAGGCGAUCCCGCUAAGGAUGAACGCCAGCAGUCUUGCCACUGCGGAUCAGGCAACGGCAUGCGCUGAGGUGUCUGGGCUGAUGACCAACAUCACAACCUACAACGUCAAGCUCUCCAGCAUGCACACCACCUUCCACAACGUCUGGCAGCUGUCCGAGCUGAUGCUGCCGCACAUGAGCAAGAUCUACCCGAUGACUCCCGAGGUCAUCGAUCUGGUCAAGGACUUCAUGUCCCUCGCGACGACCCAGGUGGCCGCGCUGCAGGAGGCCUCCGACGACAUCGUGACGCAGGUGGGCCCGGUCAUCAGCGAGCGCAUGCAGUGCACGUGGGACAGCGCUGCAAACGGGCACCUCGGCCUCGGCUUCUUGGCGGGGCUCGCGGCCCUGAUCAUGCACAGUCUUGCUUGA